GAAUCACAUUCCAGCCUUUACACUGAGAGAAUAGCCACAGUAAAAAAAAAACAUACAUGUUCAAUUAAGGAUUUUGACGACGGACAUUUGACUUUGCUGUAAUGGCGGGGAUGUUUGGAGCAUGGACAGAGGUAAUGCCUGCCUCUGAGGAAAUGCAGAACAUCUGUGACAUGCUAAAGAGCCAAGUUGAAGCAAAGUGGACCAAACAGAGAUAUGAAAUAUUCAAGACCAUUGAGUACAGAAUACAACCAGUGGCAGGAAGAAACUUUCUCAUCAAGGUUCAUGUGGGAGGAAGCGAAUACCUCCAUAUUUAUGCCUUCCAAAGCCCUCUGCAGGGGGGGGAGAUUAAAACCUUACUUAAGAGGGUAGAGACACACAAAGAGGGAGAUCCUCUGGAACCCAUUAGACCUUUAGACUAAAGGAAAAAACAACAUUUUGUCAAUUCUUACAGAAAAAUGCACUGCUUUGUUAUUGUGAAAUAGUUAAAUAUAACAAUGUCUAUAUACAUUCUAGCUUAUGGUGUUUUUAGCUUUAGGUAUUUUAAUCAGCGCAAUCUCAUAUGUAAAGAUUGAAGAACAAAGAUUGUGAUUAUAAUUGAUGGUAUGUUUUCUUCUUUUAUCUGCUGCUGUUAAAACAGCAAUAAUAAAAGACUGUGGCACUUA